AUGGGUCUCGGUGUUCUAGAGGACAAAUACCUGGAGAAGGUUCCAGGAACUGCUUUACUUUCGGAAAUCGGAAUCGUAAGCGGGGAAGAGGUCGUGAUAGCAGAAGCCAUCACCUUGAAACACGGAACUGGAAGAUCCACGCGCGUGGUACUCGUCCCACAGCCAUCAGAUGAUCCUAACGACCCGUUGAAUUGGCCGAGAUGGAAGAAAGAGGCUUGCUUCUGGACUCUCGUAUUGUUGGCCACUCUCGAUGGUGCACUCGGUCCUAUGGUUGGCCCCGGUUACGUCCUUCUCGCAGAACAGUUCGGCGUCAGCGUCGAUGAGGUGGCUUCCUCUUUUGGCACCAUGUUGCUUGGACUGGGCUCCUUUAUGCUAUUCCAGAACGUAUUCGCCACCAAAUUUGGGCACCGUAUCGUUUUUCUGACGUCUGUAUUUCUGAUGUUUAUGUCAUGCAUCUGGUGUGCGCUUAGUCCGAACCUGGCAUCUAUCAACGCUUCCCGCCUGUUCCAAGGGUUCGGGAUGGCCUCUGUCCAAAGUCUGGUAGCGUCGACUAUCGAGCAUAUUUUUUUCGUACAUGAGCGGGGAAGCAGGGCCACCAUCUGGAGUUUCGCAAUUAUGGCUGGGAUCACCCUUGGACCUCUGUUGUACAGUUAUGUUGUCCAGAACCUAUCGUGGCAAAUGGGGUUCUGGCUGGUGACGAUUCCAUUCGGCAUAUCUUUUCUCCUGACGUUUUUCUUCGUACAUGAGACAUUGUACAUCAGGGAAGUAAAGGGCCAUACCCCAGUGAACAAAUCAGAGAAACCUGUCAUCGAAGAAGUGGAGUCGUCACGAGGGCCUCGGAUACCCGCAAGGAAGAGCUUUGUCUCUGGGCUCAAGCCGUACCAUGGCACCUUCACCAAGACUAAUGUCAUCAGGAUCUUCUUACGGCCCUUCCCUUUCUUGAUCUCGCCUGUGACAUGGUUUUUAAUCCUGGUUCUAGCCAUGCAGGCUGUAUGGUUAAGUCUCAUGCCUAUUUGUUCCGCAACGAUCUUUACAAUUGAAUACAACUUCAACGCUACGCAAAUUGGCUUAACCAACUUGAGCGGUUUUGUCGCCAUCGUGCUUGCAGUAUGCACUGGAGGGCCCUUGACGGACUGGGGAUCGGUAUGGAUGUCAAAACGCAACAAAGGAAUAUAUGAACCCGAAUUCCGUAUCAUCUUUUUCACGACGAUGCUGCUCGGAGUUUUUGGGUACGCAGGAUGGGCAGGUCAGGGCAACCCUAUCGACACUCUAGACUCCCUCUAA